AUGCAUAAUACAUCAGAGGCAUCUCGAGUAUAUCGUGUGACUAUAGAAGCCAAUACUAUUAUGGACUGUUCUCUGAAUUUCACACCAAAAGAAGUGGCAGCCUAUGACUUUACUCUUCCAAUAAAAAUUAAUGCUGAUGAAGCUUGGUGUUCCACAAAUGCUUCAAAAAAGUUAAAUCCUGCUAGUUCAACAAAGCAUAUGGUUGUUCCUCGACCUCAGUCAUUGACUAUACCUACUCAAGAAUGCAAAGUUCAAGCAACUGUGUUGCAACCACCACUGCAUAUUUAUCCUUCAGAGCUCAUCUUUCAACAUAGUGUAAAAUGUAUCAACAUGGGUGUUAUAAGUGACAGCAGUAAUAUAAAGAAACUGUAUUUGAAAAACAUCUCCACGAAACAGCUUACUUGGCGAUUUGAUCUUGAUGCUGCAGGCAAAGCCGUAGAUGAUGGUAUCUUCAAAUUUAGUUUACAUACUGGAAUUCUCUAUCCGGGGCAAAAUACAGCUGUUACCAUAUGCUUCUGCCCAUGCCAUCCGUUUUACAAGUUGAAAUUCCAGAAUUUGAUUUUGAAGAUUAUGAUGGUGGUGGUGAUACUAGUGUUCAACAGAGACAUCCCUUAA